CAAAGUUGUCCAAAUUCACUUUGCUUCACUUGAAAGCAUGCCUGGUCGUUCGAUAUACGUGAUAGGCGCGCUUCUGGUCGCAGGCCUAUCAAUCUUUCUCUCCCGCAGCCCCACAGCCCCUGAUUCUGCUCAGCCGAAAACCUUCCCCGGACGCAACAACACCGUUCUCUUCCUCUCAGAUACACAUGCAGGUCUCGCAAAUGUGCAUGUCGCAACCAGCCAUGCUAUCCUCGUUGAGUAUCCUGAUCUCGAACUUCAUUAUGCUUCCUUCCCCAAAUUGGAGAAAACGAUCUCCGAGACAUCUGCAUUUGCGGCACAGCAAAAUACUGCCACGAAAGCGAUCCAAUUCCAUCCAUUGGUAGGAAGGAGUUACGCUCAAUCACUGGACGAUGUAGGUUUCUAUAUCGCCAAUGCCAUCCAGCCAUCUGGACUUGAAGGUAUUGCUUCGCUUUGCAAUAACAUGCAAGAUUUUCUCAUGCCAUGGACGGCAACGGACUAUUUGGCAAUAUAUAAAGAUGUUUUGCGUCUCUUGGAUGAAAUUGACCCUAUCAUCGUUGUAGUCGAUCCUAUUUUUGGACCCGCUCUCGAUGCUAUUAGAACCCAAGGCCGCAACCAUGCCAUUCUCUCUCCAAAUAAUUUGAAAGAUAAUUUCGUGUCCAUGCAGCCAUGGGCAAGUAUGUUCUGGAAAUAUCCUGCAAUAUCUUCAGGCUAUCCAUAUCCCGUCCCCUGGCGUCUGAUACCAGCAAACUUCUACCUCACCAUCCGCUUCAUCUACAGCGUCCUCCACACUCCUCGCCUCGCGGAGAAGAAAGCCUUUCUCAAAGCUAAUGGUAUCGCCAAGCCCCUCGACGUCUUUACCAUCUACCAAAAAGACUACCUUUGGCUAAGCCAAGGGCUUCCAGAAGCAGAGUUCCCUAUGGUCACUCUCCCCUCCAACCUCGUCACAUGCGGACCCAUCUUCCGCUCUACUGCUCCCGCCGAGCAACAAGAUCCCGAGCUCGCAGCCUGGCUAUCCCGUGCUCCAACCGUGCUCAUCAAUCUUGGCAGUAAAGUCGACUAUGAUGAGAACGGUGCCGGCGAGCUCGUGAAAGUAAUCAAAACCCUGCUCGCGAAUUCGACAGUGCAAGUCCUCUGGAAGUUCAACAAACGAGGCCCAUUUUCUCAGGACGUAUUCUCCGAAGUUUCGGACGAGAUCAAAGAAGGGAGACUGAGAUUGGAGAAAUGGCUGAAUAUAGACCCCGCCGCGAUGCUGGAGACGGGACACAUCGCAGUAUCAGUACACCACGGCGGUGCGAACUGCUUUUUCGAAGCCGUCGGUGUUGGAAUCCCGCAGAUCGUUCUCCCGCUCUGGGUCGAUUUGUAUGAUUAUGCCACUCGCGUAGAAUACCUUGGGAUUGGGGUGCUUGGUAGUCCUGUCUCGGCACCGAAUUGGACGUCGAGUGAGCUGACUACUGCUUUUACCCGAGUCCUUGAUGGUGGCCAGGAAGCGUUGCGGAUUAAGGAGACAGCGAGGCGGCUCGGGGAGGUGGCUAGGAAAGCAGGUGGGAGAUUCAGAGCUGCGGAGGAGAUCAGUAAGCUGGCGAGGAUGGGAUCGGGAUAGGGAACAGUAAAUGGAUAAUCUGUAGAGAUGGGGUUGUUAUAGCCUCACAAAAUCAUUCGUGAUGACUAACAGCUGAGGAGUAGAGUAGAUAUUGAGAUUCGAAACCAGAUUUACGCAUUACUUGGAAGAAGAGGUCUAGGUAGGUAGGCGGAGUUCAGAUGGUUGAUUUCGAGAAACUUUGAUCAAGUACCGAAAUGGCGGGACUUGCUUAUAAAUCUGUAGUAGAGUCAUGCUUUGUGGGGAGAAUGAGAGCUUUGAGUUUGCUAUAUGCCUUCUCGCGGAUAUCAGUAGGGCUGUGUAGUAUGCAAAAAGGAGUUAUGUACAAGUUUGAUGAUGAAGACAUGGAUGUAUCCACUGACGCCAG